AUGGGUGCUCCACCACUGAUAGUCAACGCUGUUAUGUCCAUGCUAGCAGACUCUUCAGUCCGUGUACGAGUAGGAGACUCGCUGUCUGAACCAUUCCACACCGUCAGAGGCACAAAGCAAGGUGAUCCAAUAUCACCGACGCUAUUUGCCCUCAUCGCCGAGCCACUGGCGAGAAGCAUCAUCAAUGACGGCCGCAUACAAGGUUUGCCAAUCGAUACCACAACUGCAAAGCCACCAGUCUCUCUCUCUAUGCUCCCACCGCCAGCUUUCGGAACCAAACAGAGAAAGCCACCGCCUCUUGUCCACCUCAACUGGGUAAAGCUACUCCAGUUUGCCGACGACACGUCUACAUUUGCCAAAAACAUCCGAGAAUUUAAACUAAUGGACGAAUGGAUUCAGCUAUUCUGUAAAGCUACAUCAUCCAAAGUCAACACUGACAAAUGUGUGAUCAUGUCACCUGGCAGUCCAACCAAUUUACCGUACCCACUGAUGGACAAGGAAAGCAAAGAACGUUACCUCGGCUACUACUUUAACCAGUUUGGUUUGGUACCACACCUUCCAGAGCGUAUUGACAAGGUAAUCAACGAUUUGAUUAGAUGGAAACCUAAACACAACAACAACUAUAGAGGUAAAUUAGCUUUGCUCAAAACAUAUGGUCUGUCACAAUUAAAUUAUUUCACGUACCUUGAAUCACCUAGUCACGAGGCAAUCACCAGAUUGGAAAAGGUUAUUGAUUGGUUCAUGUUCAGCAACGACCGUCAGAAAGACCCAACCAAGCCAACCAAAAGAACCAUGUCCAAGAAACGCUCCAUACGAUCGAUCGACCAAGGUGGUCUCAACCUCUGGGACCUCAACGCUAGACUCCGUGCCCAAAAGGCAUGGAUGUUCGAAAGGUUCCUCCACGAGGUAAAGAACGACCGAGUUGCAAAGGUUUCCUUUGCCCAAUCAUGGAUGGACCAACUCAACCAAGACAAACCAAACGAUUUUGUCCGCCUCUGCCGCAGCGAGUGGGAAAAGCUUACCCAACCCUACGACGUCAGCAGAGAGGCUGUACCCAAGCCAGCAAUGGAACCAGACAAAAGAGGAAGAGUACCUCUCAAACAAGUGUACCUCCAAAGGCUGACCAUAUCCAACGAAAAGUGGAACGUGUACGACCCGACCCCAGGCCAAAAGAUCUUAGCAACCGAUGACAGAGUGUAUCCAAUGAAUGCACUAGCUGCUCUAUCUACCAUCGUACUACCAAAGGGUCGAGAUCUGGUUUGGAAAUACGUAACCAAAUGUCUCCCGCUCGUCAGGGGUGACCCAGUCGCCUCCACCUGUGUGACGUGUGGCAAAGAUGAAUCCUCCAAGCAUUUGUUCUUCCAAUGCAAGGAGACCACGCUGCCAGUGAAGAUACUGAAAGAGGUUACUGCUGCCAACAACAUUCCACCACCAGUCUGGGACAUCACCCUCCUCAACCUCAAACAAACUCCAAUGACUAUAAACUUGGUCGCUGCAACACUAGAACGAAUAUGGUUCCGACGUAAUGAUCUACGUCACCAAAGAGAUGAACCAUUCACUGAACAAUACCUGCGAGCUAGAUUGAUAAGUGAUAUGCGACAUAUUAUAAAAAGAGGUACAAGACUCUGCGUACUCUUCAUCUAUAAUCGUUCACCCUCAGCUUCAUUCCUCUCAUCCUCUUCACCACCGCCAUCCUCUUCUAUUCUCUCUACAACUAUCAAUAAUAAUAUUAAUAAUAUAAUAAUUCACUAA